GCUUUCGUUUUUUUGGAAGGCGUCCAUCUACUUGAAAUACUUGCUGUGUAUUGAGGCAGUGGAGGAAUUGCAUGCACGCAGCCUGCCUUCUUCACUAGAACCUGUUUGCCCUGUCAAGUGUCAUGAUGUAGUGCAAGAAAGGAAACAGCUAUGAGCUCGGAGAAAGGUUACAGUUAUUGAAAUGAAGAAUCCUUUGUUGGUUUAAACACUCCCCUCUGUGCUAUCAUGUAAUUGGUCCAUAAACUGGAUGAACCUGACAAACAAGUCUUCUUGCUGUACUUGGUGGUAUUUCAAUUUUAGAAACUGUGCAGCGCAUUAAAUUCCAGCCAGUCUUUGCUGGAUUUUGCUUGGUUACAGGUGGCGGAGACUGAACUGUAUUCUCCAAGGAGAGCUGGGCUUGCUGCGAAGGCAGAAGAGAUCUGUUGCUCAGAAUUUGCCAGUGCAGGAUGGAUAAGGGUGUCUUGCAAAUAGUUGGACUGGUCCUGUGUGGCAUUGGCCUGGUUGGGACAUGUGCUGUGACGGGUAUGCCGCAGUGGCGGGUGACCGCUUUCAUUGGGAGCAACAUCAUUGUCUUUGAGACUCUCUGGGAAGGCCUGUGGAUGAACUGUAUCAGACAGGCCAACAUAAGGAUGCAGUGCAAACAGUACGACUCUUUGCUUGCCCUGACUCCGGACUUGCAAGCCGGAAGAGCCUUGAUGUGCGUUGCGAUCUGUCUGUCCUUUGUGUCCUUGCUCAUCGCCAUCAUUGGUAUGAAGUGCACUAAUUGUGGUCAAGACAACGAACAAACCAAAGGGAUUAUCCUCUUAAUCGCCGGGAUCUGCUUCAUCCUUUCCGGCAUCAUCGUUCUGAUCCCAGUAUCGUGGACGGCCAACAGCAUCAUCAGAGACUUCUACAACCCUCUGGUCAACCAGUCUCAGAAGAGAGAGUUGGGGGAUGCCAUUUAUCUCGGCUGGGCAACGGCUCUUGUUCUUGUCGCAGGGGGGGCCAUCUUGUGCUGCUUUUGCUCCCCAAAGGAGACAAAAUAUAGCUACAGUCUGCCUGCAAAAAGCAUAUCUAGAGCCCCCCGUGAAGCAAUUGCGAGGAAAACAUCAAGUUUGUAUUCAAAAAGUCAGUAUGUCUGAUGCAUGUCAAAAAUGCAAUGACAGUCUUAUAGGACUGAACAAAGGAUGUCAGAAAUUCAUCUUUCAUACUGCGGAUUUCUAAUGCUUGUAACUUCAACCUCUUUGGAAUUUAAAAGUCACAGAACGGUACAACCACACCAUUUGUGGAACUUCUACAGGCAGUUGUAGUUGACAAUGCUCAAAAGAACACUGAUGACACUCUUUAAAGUAUGUGAGGACUGGAGGUGGAAUGUGACGUUCACGGCAACAAGUGGUCCAAAGUGAAUGUUUUUAAGGUGGAAUGUAUUCCUUUCUGUAACAACCCAAGGUCGCUUGCAGGCAGGUGAAGGAAGAAGAUAACUUAUUUUAAAGUAUAUGCAAAGCCAAUACUUUUUUUUUUUCAUUUUGGAAUAGGGGAGGGUUAAAGAUUUUUUUGUUUUGUUAAUGUUUGCAUAUUAUUAUUUUUUUUAGACAUCUGUGUCUGGUUAGGGGGCAUUCUCUUCAUUUUCUGUCCCAUAAACUCAACAUUAAGGGCCAGUUCACACCAGAAUCACACAGAAACACAGGUCCGUGUGUCUGUGCAAUUCCUGCAGUGAGAUUUUGGGCUGCUAAUUGCACUAGAAUGCAAAAAAAGUGCACUGAUUUUGAAAAAUAUGCUGCAUCAAAUCACAUGGUACUCCGGUAUCAUGCAAUCUAGUGCCCACAUAUGCACUGCGUUUGCGAUCUGUGUUUGAGGCGCCGUUAGCAAGGUAUUGGCACCCAACAAAGUGACGCGUCCGCACACUGCCUCGGCAUAUGGUAAACUUCUCUUAGUGAAAAAUGGCUUGAGCUUGUCUCCUAAUCUUGGAAGAACCCCUUCUAACAUGUUUCGUCCAGUAGGGGCUUAAUGGUAGAGGCCUCACCAUUAAGCCCCUACUGGGCAAAGCAUGUUAGAAGGGAUUUUUCCAUGGGAAGAAGAGACCAAGCUGAAGCCAUUUUGUUACUAAGAGGAGUUCACUAUAUGCUGAGGCAGUGUGCAGGCGCACGUCACUUUGUUGUAGUUCUCGAUGUGUCUGAUGAGCCAGUAUUCAACUUGACCAGCACUUGCAAACAUUGUGGUCAGCCAGCUGGGGUAACAGAUUGGGGCAUUUGAGCGGUAUCAAUUCUAUUUGGUUUCUGGUCUACUAAGUAAAUGUAUUGGCGUCCACAGCAGAUUGCAAAGGCAAUGCGUUCUGAAGGUGCUGCAUUACAUUCUGGUGUGAACCGGUCUUAAGUGCCCCAAUUUGUGAAGAAUUCCCACUUAGUUGUCAACAGUUGGCAACAAUGGUCCCCAUGGAAAAAUGUCCCCUCUAUUCCUGUUCUAGUGGCAGCUCAGAAUUUUGGAUUCCCCUCACUUUUGUUCUCGGUGGAAUUGGUGAUCAGCACAAUGAUUAAAUCUCCCUGACGGGGACACAGACAGCAAUGAAACGCUGACUCUAAAUCUUAAAAAAAAAAAAAAAUGAUUUGCCUUUAGUUAUACUUUAACUAUUGUACUAAGUUACUGUUUAUUGCAUUUUUUUUUAUUGCAUAUUUUUUACUACACGGUUUUAUUGUUCCUUAACUUGAUCACUGAUUUCUGUACAUGUGAUUUAGGUGUUAAGGCAAAUCUUUCCACACAUAAAGAAAAUAAUGAAUGAUGGAUAAACAGGAACAUUUUCUACCUGAUAUAUAAAAGAAAAGACUUUCAGUUCAAUAUGAAUUUAUUGAGCUUGUUCGGUAGGAGAAAGAGCAGUAAGCCAUAGCAACCCAUCGGAACACUUCCCUUGCCAAGCUGGCCGCAGUUAAUGUGAAUCUGAUUGGUUGCUAUGGGUGACAGCACUUUGCAGUUAGUUAUGGAUAAACCCAUACAGGGAACAGAGGCAGAUUACCAAAGAGGAGGUUCUCACUGGGAUGGUAUUUGUUUUAUUGUUUCGUGGUCAUGGUGAUUUUACCAUAAAAAGCUCAGAUCACUCCGGUAAUAUAUGUUUAUAUAUUUAAUUGCUAAAAGAUGGAGCUUUGCUAAGUAGGACAGAGCAAAGCGUGGUAGCAACCAACCAGAAUUCAUUUUUUGUUAUUUCAGUGACUUUAAAAUGCAGGGUGGAAGCUGGUUGGUUGUUACGGACAAUAGACUGCAUAUGCACUGAAUGCACUACCUUUUUAUAUAAGCUUGUUUAUUUGUAUAUUGUAUAUUUUAAUAAUUUUAUGUGUUUUUUUUCAAUAAAUUUGAAACAAUGUAUAUGCUAUUGA